AUGGAUAAUUCGGAUACUCGAUUCUUUCGGGCUAGGAGGACAUUAUGUGAAAUGCUAGAAGAUCGUGGUUACAUAGUCUCAAGUCAGGAUAAGGAUGAGCAAUUUGCUACGUUUAAGGAACGAUUUGAAUCACAUCAAAGGCUUCGUUCAAGGAUGUUAAUGGUAGCAUCACAUAAACAAGAUCAGACCAAGCGUAUUAUAUGCUAUUUUGCAGAUGAAUCAAAAAAAACAGGUGUUAAACCAAUACGUGAUAUAGUAGAGAAAAUGGAUGAACAUAAUAUACAACGAGCUAUUCUAAUAUCACAGAAUGUAUUGACUGCACAUGCCAAAGUUGCAAUAUUAGAUGCUGCACCUAAACAUUAUAUUGAGAGUUUCUUGGAAAAUGAACUCUUAGUAAACAUAACAAGACAUGAACUUGUCCCAAAACAUGUUCUACUAAGCGAUGAGGAAAAAUCUCAAUUGUUAGAACGAUACAAGGUUAAAGAAACUCAGCUUCCUAGAAUACAGCAUGCAGAUCCUGUUGCAAGAUACUUUGGACUUGCAAAGAGCCAGGUUGUGAAGAUAAUUAGACCUUCAGAAACUGCAGGCAGAUAUGUGACAUAUAGACUAGUAGUGUAA